GGUACCGUCAUUUUGCUCGACAAUAGGAGAUUGGCGGCAACUAGCUUGUCGCUCUACUCUCCAGAGUUGUACAUCGCACAGAAUUGUGUGAAUGCAAAAAAUACAAUACAGUUAAUAAUUUUGAUGAGGUUUGUAGCAUUACAGUCAUGAAAUCACAAGGUCAUAUCAAGUAGGGUAAUAAGUCUCAAGUACUAGGUUGCAUGAAAUUGUGUUUAGUGAACCGUUUCGAUAGUUUGCCACUCUCUCUAGGUAUAUCUCUGUAUUCUCAGCUUGUAGGCACUACGAUAGAUCACUAGUUUUUACGUACAUAAUCUCAUUAGGCCGCAUUUUUGUAAAUUUCAGCCUUGUCUGUAACCAACUAAUGGCUACUAUCGAUUUCGAAGAGGGAGAAGUGGAAGACGUUAGCGGGUCAGAUCAUGAGGACUCUGACCAAGAAUAUGAGGAACGUACCCCACCAAAGUAUGACUUCAUAUUACUUAGUAUGUAUUUUCACAGAGUCGGUCUCCAUAAGCAUUCAAAACGGAGACGGCGUGGUGGAGGGAAGACUCGAAAUCCCCAUCGAGAUUCUUCUGUAUUAGCGGUUGACUACAAGGUCGAUGCGUCACACAUGGACUUGGGAAACGGUAGUCAUAAGCGUCCAAGGGAGAAACUGCAGAUACUUGAGUUUCUUUCUGAGAAUGAAGAUGAGACUGAUUCAGUCGAUCGCGAAAGAGUUGAUGACCGCAAACCCUCAAAAGUAAAUCGGAAGAAGAAGAAACGGAAGAGAGAUAGGCAACCUUCUCAGUCGAGAUGUAAAUAUUUUAUGGAUGGUCGAUGUAGCAAGGGAAGUUCUUGUCCAUUUCUUCACGACGUCACUCCAACGAAGAAACAUGAGUUGUGCAAGUUUUAUGCUGUUGGUGUGUGCUCAAAAGAAUCUUCGUGUUCCUAUCUGCAUGGUGAAUUCCCGUGCAAGUUUUUUCACUUGACAAAUGACUGUCAUCAUGGUGAAGAAUGCAAAUUCUCACACGCACCUCUCACAGAUUUCACACGAAGCUUGUUAGAGAAGUUAGCUUCUAAGCAUAACACUGAUCGCCCUUCAGUUAAAUCUGGUCAAGUAUGGCAAGCUGAGUUAUCACAAGCAUCUCUGAGUGGUCGGUCGUGGAACGAUAAUCAUGGUGAUAUUGACUACAGAUUCGAUCAAAAAUCCUUACAAAUAGGUACAUCCGACAAAGAACUUAUCAAUCCUGGAUUCAACCCCCAACGUAUGCCUUCCUUAGCUCCAAAUCUCUUUGCUCCUAUCUGCGCACCUGGUCCUCGCCCAUUUCGACCGGAACAUGACCUUGUACGCGUUCGAGGAAUGCGUCCAUUCAACAUGAUUCCCGGAGAGCAGAUGCCCCCAAUUGUUUAUCCGAAAGAUGAACGAUGUUUUCCGCCACCUAAUCCCUAUGGUCCUAUAACAUUUCCACCACAACAUACCAUGCCAACCGCGGCAUGUGCCCCUACAGUUAACGGAUUCAGGCCUCCAUCACUGCUUGAUACGCCGCCGAGAUGUCCUCAGCCGCGAACAAUGUUGCCACGAUCACGUAUGAUGGACCCAGGAAACGUCAGAUUUCCUCGAUUCCGACCUAGAGGUGAAACACUUUGCCCCCUUGGCAUCAGGCCACCCAUGAGACCUAUUUUCAAUUCAUUGCAGGAGGAAGAUAUUGUGAGUUCUGAAUUAGAUAAGAUGGCAGCUCUUCUCGCUUCAAGUAAACCUAUAAACGAUGAACGUAAAGAUGAUUCAGCUGUUCCGCCUACGUCACCUUUGGGUAUAAAUGAUCCCCAGCAACGUGAAAAUGUAAGUCCACAGCAGGUAAGUAUUGUAAGUGAUAGCUUGGAAAUAUCAGUUAGUAUUAAAUAGGAAUAGCAGAUAGUUAUAUGUUUAAUCCAUACAACCAUUGGUAGAAAUGAUGACAACAAGCAACUAACGCUUGUGGUCCCCAUAAAUCCAUUAUGUAUAAUAUGAAGCGCCUCAAAUUUAAGUUUCCCUGUACUGUACAUUCUUUUAAGCAAGUUGUUCGAUUAGCUCAAUGAGUGUACCAGCUAUGGUGCCUUAAGAGAUUCCAAAAAUUAAAGGAUUACUUUAUCGUAUAUUGUUGUCAUUAUUUCGUAAUAAAUUUUCUCUGUUCCUCGCCAUUUCAGUCCUCAUUUGAAAAUGAAACAGAUGCACUCGCUCCUGAUGACCCGGUUGACGAUACAGCCGUGCCGGAGCCUGCUGCGAGUGCGCAGCUUUCUAUGGCUUCACCUCAGGGUCCAAUACCUUGGCGACUCAUCCCCUUGGACAUGUCUGUUAAAAUCCCUUAUCCGUUAAUGCAACUACCCAUAAGUGAGCUGCCGUACCGUUUUGAAGACCCAAGACUACGCGGUCAGUUAGCCACGCUCCGGCCACAACCUCAGUCAAGGCUUUCUUCAAAUAGUGAUUCAGAAAAUCCAAAGCACAAUGAUCACUCGGAACCACACAUUCAAAAUGAAACUAACCCCAGUGGAAACACUGAUGAUAGCUCAAGUACUUCUACAAACAGACGACCUGUCAAGCUACAGCUGCACGAAAUGGCCAAUACUUUUGCAAACAGCUCAACAGAACAUUUAAAUCCUUCUGGUCGACAAGGUGAUCGUUCCUACCUCGAUGAUCCUCGGUUCCGCAGACGAAGAAUCAUGACAUCAUCAUCAACAACCCUACCAACUAACACUGUUAACCAAUGUAACUCAAACAAUGCAAUGCAAACCGCACAAGAAUGCUCAGAUUAAAAUCCAAAAUCUCACUCAAGCACUUUAUUGUGCAUGUAAAUGAUUCCUGGCUUUUAUUAAUUCAAAUACUUUAUUUAAAAAAAACAUCAGCGUGUACAUAAAUAAAACAAGGUUUGAACAGAUC